CUUUGUAGGAAAAAGGCAGGAUAUAAAUUGAUAAAAUAAAUAAAUUAAAUUAAACUAUUAGAGUUACCUGACAGCGUUGGUUUCUACGGGCACUUUUGUCCAGUUAUUAUUGGCCUCACAAAAACACAAGGGAGGAAUAUUUUGCAGUAUGCUUUCCCGCCAUUCUUUAUCCUAAAACAGGAAUGAUGAUGAGCUGUGAUUCUCUAGUUAUAAUGGUUCCCAUUCUUUAGCUGAGCAUUUUCUUAGGUACAAGGCAAAGUUUAUUGCCCUUCUGUGUGCUAUGUUCAAAGUAACCUCAGGUGCACUUCAGUUUUUCAAGGCUGGGAGCAUGUGGGACUUGUGUUUGAGGUUUCAUUCUAAUUCCCAAGGGACUGCUGCAGGUGACCUCAUAUCCUUAUCUGAUUUGCUCUAGGUGUACCAAUGAGAUAGUAUAAGGAGUAAUUAUGGUAAUUUGCCCAAAGCAAUUCAGUGAGCAUUGCUCUGGAUGUUGAACUUGUUUUCCUUCCUCAUAACCAGACUAGUGCUUUACCAAAAAAGAGUACCAGAAUGAUUUGGCUAGUUGGAUGUCCUAUAGUGUUACUAAGCAGCUGCUGCUUCAAUAUUUCUUUCAUUCUCAAGCUUUUAUUUAAUCUGAACCUCUAUUUUUAAAUUCCGGUAACUUAAACUGUACUGUUUGGUUAUAUCUCGUGUAGAACAGAGAUCUGCAUAUUUAGUUCUCAUAUUUAUAUUUACCCUUAGUUCUAACUGAUAGUACAACUGAUGACCCACUAAAAAUGUUAAAUUGGUAGAAGACACUGUUGCUCCCUGAGCUUUGCUUAUUCAGUAAUAAAGUUGAAAGUUGUUAUUGAAUAGCACUGAGAAUUUAUACAUGAUUAAUUUAUCAAAUUUAGUAACAGAAUUUUUAUUCUGGGAUCCAGAUAUCUUGGGAAUUAUGUAUAUGAAAGUAGAAGAGCAUGAGAGACAAGGAAAAGAAUCUGUUGAUGGAAAGAAGUAUGGUUGGCCGUUUCUGGAAAAAAAGCAACACACUCAUCCAGCCUCUUUGAUUAGGCUACAGUUAAGAGAGUAUUAAUAUCAGAUUGCUAAAAUCCCUUUUGGCAAUUGAUGGGGCCUGAGGCCAUUUUAUGUAUAUUUAAAUUAAAACAAUAUAAUUUUGUACUCCUAAAAGUCCAGGUCCCGUUACACACCAGCUGUGUCUGUGUAUGUAUGUGGGGGCCUAACCCAGCAAGCUGUACAGAUGCAGUGGCUUCAGAUGAUCUGCACCUAUGCCUUCAAGAAAUGUGUGAGGUGUGGGACCUCAUUGAUAACAUUCUCAGUGGCCAUAUCAUCAGCUUGUCAGAUGCACUUGAUGGGUUCUAUGUGCUGAUUGAUGUACAUGUGUAGAGGCCCUUCCCAUGGGUGCUGAAUGUGUUGAUUGUAUAUAGUUGAUCUACCUUGUGUGACAUCUUUUUGUUUUCUGUGAACAUGUGGAGGAUUGUCUGAACUCCCAUUAUAUGUAGAUUUCCUUUGUGUCAGUUGGUUAUUGGACACAUGAAUAGACAAAAUGAAAGUUUUCAUUUGAAAAUGCUGAAUGAAAGUUUCCUAGACAGGUAUAAAAACACUUUUAUUCACUGUUUUCCAGCAUAAGUCAUGCAAGCAUAUAGUAGUAUCCUAUCGUACACCCAUGUAGGACCCGCUGCUUGCAUAGUAUAGUUUUUGGAGUUCUUAAAAUUAGUCUGUGCAUUUGUAAAGAUCCACCUAGAAUGAGUGACUAGAAGAGGCUAUGAAUAAGCUUGUGUUGUAAGUUAAGGCACAAUCCUAUGCCCUUUGAAAGAGCACUCCAGUGUUGGGAGUGGUCCCAAUUUCCAUUGCUCUCCUGGAAGAUUUCUAGCAGAAUAGAGGAAACAAUGGAGCUAAUUUUUGCUUCUCCAUGAGACUUGUAGUUUUUUUCUGCUAGACAGGCAACUGAGUCCACGUAGAAGUGUCAGCUGGUAGGGUUGGGCCUGAAGAUGCCACAAGAUAGUAUGGGUCCUGGCUUCUCCUCUACUUUCCUUCCCCUAGAAUGCCCCCUUUUGCUUCCCUGAAAUGGCUUUUCAGUCUUGGGAGGCAGCCUCUGUGUUUCUUUCCAUGGCUGCUGGAAUGGGAGAGGGAUUAGAAACCAGAGUCUCCUUCCAAAAGUUGUAGGAGUGUCUACAGUACUAAGCAAACAGUGUUUCUCUGGCAUUCAUCAGUAUUUACAAUCUUACAUAGUGACAUGCAAAUUGUUUUGAUGGGGUUGUUUUGGUUGCCAUAAGCAUCAUAAUGUAUGCUCAAAGAUCUUCCUCUCAGAUACCUUAUGGGGUACUGGUGAUUAGUCCCAUUUUACAUCUUUUUUAUCAUGAGCAUUCAUAAAUCAGUACAAGGAACAUACGACACUUUCAUGAUGCAGCAGAGUAACCUUCAGUCAUUCAUUAUCAUGAUCCUCAGCUAAAUGAGACUUGAACCUAUCUGUAUGAGGAGGGACCAGUUAGCUCAGACCAGUAACAAAAGCCAUGGAAGAACUAGGUCCAGAUGCAGCUCAAACAGUGAAUCUGCCUUCCAAGGGACUCCUGGACAAGGAUCCCCAGUGAUAGCAUCCACUGAGUCUGGGAUCCUGCUGGAAUCAGGAGCUUGCCCAGAGUUCCAGGCACCCAGUUACUGAACCACAGGUGUAGGCAGUGGCCCAGCCCUGAACUGGAAAUGAGAUGCAGUCCUAGUUUUCAGGAUGGGAGACUGGCCUUUUAGGCACAUGACUCACCAGGAAAUAACCUCCUCUAUACAGUUUGAGUGAGUCUACAAGAGAAUGAAGGGAUUGUUUCUUCAAGGUUCAUGAAUGGAUAUGUAUUGAUUGUUCUUUUUUUUCUGUCUGCUACUAAAUUCUGACUGAUUUGGAGCUUUGUUUUUAGAUUGUAAAGAAAUUUAUUGUUAAGACAUCAGAUGCAAAACUAUUGUGGAUUUUAUGUACUUGUGCUGACACAAUAGGAAUCAUGUCUGUUGAUUCCUGGCUCUAUUAUUUUCCUUUUGUUCUCACAAUUAAUGGGGUGGUUUUUGUGCCACCAUUUGAGGAACUCUGAGAUUAUCAGAUUUUUUUCUCUGUGUGUGUUUCCUCUCUGCUUCUGCCCCCGUCCUGUUACAUGCUCAGGCCCAGUGCUGCAUGAUGCGGCCAGAGCUAUGGCUGUCAACCAGGACCUCAAAGUUUCGUGGCACAGAGCAAGAGGAUGGUCUCAGCAACAAAUUUCCAUGGCUGGAGAAGGCAGCUGGGAACAUGGGUUACAAAAUUGAAAGAAAAGACAGUUGGAAGAACUGUGCCAAGAGCCAAAGCAAUACUGUUGGAAAAAAAUAACUUUGUGGAAAGGAUCACUUUAAAAAGAUGUGCUGACCAGAAGAAUACUUUACUAAUUGCCCUUCAUAAUCUAGUGCCUUAUAGAAGAUGGGGUUUGGAAGUGACCUGAAGUACUCUCAUGAAGCUUUGCUAAAACUGCAAGAUUGGGAGUUACGACUGUUAGAAACAGUGAAGAAAUUUAUGGCCAUGAGAAUAAAGAGCGAUAAAGAGUAUGCAUCUACUUUGCAGAAUCUUUGCAGUCAAGUUGAUAAAGAAAGUACUUUACAACAAGAUUAUGUUAGUAAUGUAUCUAAGUCAUGGCUGCUCAUUGUGCAGCAAACAGAACAGCUCAGCAGGAUCAUGAAGACACAUGCAGAAGAUUUAAAUGCUGGGCCGUUGCAUAGGCUAACCAUGAUGAUCAAAGACAAGCAGCAAAUCAAGAAGAGUUAUCUUGGUGUUCACCAGCAAAUUGAGGCAGAGAUGUUCAAGGUUACAAAAACAGAUUUGGAAAAAUUAAAAUCUAGUUAUAGACAAUUAAUUAAGGAAGUAAAUGCUGCCAAAGAGAAGUACAAGGAAGCUCUGUCUAAAGGAAAGGAGACUGAAAAAGCCAAAGACCGUUGUGAUAAAGCUACUAUGAAACUCCAUAUAUUGCACAAUCAGUACGUGUUGGCAUUGAAAGGAGCGCAGUUACAUCAGCACCAGUAUUAUGAUGCUACACUUCCUCUCUUCCUUGACUCCUUACAGAAGAUGCAAGAAGAAAUGAUUAAAGCACUAAAAGGAAUCCUGGAAGAAUACAGUCAGAUCACCAGUCUUGUGACUGAAGAAAUAGUCAAUGUUCAUAAAGAGAUCCAAACAUCUGUUGAGCAGUUAGACCCUGGUGCAGAGUACAGUAGCUUCAUAGAAGCUCACAGGACACAGGAUGUUGAACAGCAAGAAAUAGAGUUUGAUACUACUUUAUUGGAAGAAAAUGAAAAUCUUCAAGCAAAUGAGAUUAUGUGGAACAAUUUGACAGCUGAAAGUUUGCAAGCUAUGUUGAAAACAGUAGUUGAAGAGCUGAUUCAGACACAGCAGACACUUCUAAACAAGGAAGAGCUAGUAUUGGAAUUAGAAAAGAAGAUAGAGGAAUCUUCUAAGAUCUGUGAAAGGAAAUCUGAUGUUGUGCUUUUGCUAAGUCAGAAGCAGGCACUGGAAGAACUGAAACAAACAGUUCAGCAAUUGAGAUGCACUGAAGUAAAAUUUGCAGCUCAAAAAGAACUUCUACAACAAAAAGUACAAGAAAAUGAUGGCAAAGAACCCCCACCUGUUGUGAAUUAUGAAGAGGAUGCCAGAUCAGUUUCUUCUAUGGAUAAGAAAGAUAAAGUUUCCAGGUUUGAUACCAUUCGACACUCUAUUGCUGGGAUGAUAAGAUCUCCAAAGUCAAUGCUAGGCUCUUCAUCAUUUUUUGAUGUAAUAUCAACCAGUGAAAAGCCCCUGGCAGAGCAAGAUUGGUAUCAUGGCGCAAUUCCACGAAUAGAAGCUCAAGAGCUAUUAAAACAGCAAGGAGACUUUUUGGUGCGAGAGAGUCAUGGGAAGCCUGGUGAAUAUGUCCUUUCUGUAUUUUCAGAUGGACAGCGGCGACACUUCAUCAUACAGUAUGCUGAUAAUCAAUAUCGAUUUGAAGGAACUGGGUUUUCAACUAUUCCUCAGCUCAUAGAACAUCAUUAUACUACAAAACAUGUGAUUACGAAGAAAUCAGGUGUUGUUCUCCUGAAUCCUGUUGUUAAGGAUAAGAAAUGGCUUCUCAAUCAUGAAGAUGUCACACUGGGAGAAUUACUAGGCAAAGGUAAUUUUGGAGAAGUAUAUAAGGGAACAUUAAAAGAUAAAGCCCCUGUUGCUGUAAAAACAUGUAAAGAAGACCUUCCUCAGGAGCUGAAAAUUAAGUUUUUGUCAGAAGCCAGAAUACUUAAACAAUAUGAUCAUCCGAAUAUUGUAAAGCUUAUAGGAGUAUGCACUCAAAGGCAGCCUAUUUAUAUUGUUAUGGAGCUUGUUCCAGGAGGUGAUUUCCUCUCCUUUUUAAGAAAGAAAAAGGAUGAGCUGAAAACCAAACAGUUAGUGAAAUUUUCAUUAGACGUUGCUGCUGGGAUGGCCUAUCUUGAAUCCAAAAACUGUAUACACAGGGAUCUUGCUGCAAGGAACUGCCUAGUAGGUGAAAAUAAUGUUCUGAAAAUUAGCGACUUUGGAAUGUCUCGUCAAGAAGAUGAUGGCGUAUAUUCCUCUUCUGGAUUAAAGCAGAUUCCCAUCAAAUGGACUGCUCCAGAGGCUUUGAACUAUGGUCGAUACACUUCUGAAAGUGACGUGUGGAGUUAUGGAAUCUUCCUCUGGGAGACCUUCAGUUUAGGUGUAUGUCCAUACCCAGGAAUGACCAACCAGCAAGCACGGGAGCAAGUGGAUAAAGGCUAUCGAAUGUCAGCGCCUCAGAAGUGCCCAGAGGAAAUUUAUAAAAUAAUGCAGCGGUGUUGGGAUUAUAAUCCUGAAAUGAGACCAAAAUUCAGCGAGAUUCACAAAGAGCUCUCUGCAUUGAAAAAGAAAGUGACAUCAUGAGGAACUAGCAGGACCCAAACUACAAGACUCUUCUCUUUUCCCAGAAAAGUAAUAUUUUCUGUCAUGAACACUUAAGUGCUUAUUCCACAUUUCUUUCAAUAUUCUUCUAGGAUUCCGUUUUUUUUUUUUUUUUAAAUAACUGUUUGUAUUUGAGUGUGCCCAGCAUGGAAAAUGUUUAAGAUGUGAACGAGAAAGAGAGUGUUCUGCCAAAUCCUUUCUAUUCAAUCACAGUGAUGCUGUCAUUUAGGUUAUGUGUAAAUAGACAGCACCUAAUAUAUGAGUAGAUUUGAGGAACUCUGGCUCCUUUCUGUUUCUGUGAUCAACACCUAACAAUGUUUUUGUGGCCUGUUUCUCUGCCUUCGGUUCCAGGUUCAUAUAACAUCACACUGUAAACUGAGUAGUUUAUGCACCAUUCCACAAAUCUUAAAAUUGAAGGCAGAGUUUUCAGUAUUAGCUUGAUGUAAAAGAUUAUAGAAGAUAAUGCUUUGAAAAAGAAAAGGAAACAGCAAAACCACAAGAACCCAAAAUGCAAUUCUUUUUCUAAACAGCAUCAUAGAAAGAUUUGAUUGUAGAUGAGGAAUGCAUGCAUUAGAUUAAUGAAGACAUUUCAAGACAGUAAACAUUUUCAAUACUGGAGAUUAUUUCCAUGUUUUUUUAAACAAAGAAAAAGCACAAUUCUCCAGAAAUUGGCAUUUGCAAAUCUGUGUGUGGGCUAGCUUUUAUUGAGGGGAUAGGGAUAGGGAUGGGAAUACGUCCAACACUAAGUCCUGUGUCUGAUACAUCUGUCAGAAAAUACUGCAGAUGAUCUGUCUUUCAGAAGGAUGAACUGUAGCAGUAUGUGCACAUUCAGAAGUGCUGUCUGCAAGAAACAUGUUUGAGAAUGAGAGUGGCAUAUAAUGAAGGUAACAAGUAGCAUUGAUUUUUGGAUGGGGAAGGGAAAGUGAAUUACCUGAUUGGCCUUUGGAAGCUCUGUGAAUUGAUGUUCCUGUUCUGUAUGCAGGUAAAGUGGGGGGAAAGUGCGAAAUAUAUUCUGUACACACUGUCCAAAGAAAGAAGAUAUUUUUCUGGCUCACACAAAAAAUCCUAAUGAAAAAAAAUCUCUAGCGAGGAAAUGUUAUCUUUUAUAAACAGUCCAUGGCACAGUGAACAAACUAAAAGGUUGAGAAAUCAAGUAGAACACCAUUUCUCUCAUUGUGCUCAGAAUCUCUUGUGUCUGUUUAGUGGGCAGCUUGCAUAUUCAGAAUGGCAAAUGCGUAUGCUUUUCCUACACAAAAUGCCUUCAACAUAGGCCUUCCCUACACAAAAGGUAAUGCUCGAUUAUUUCUUGAUUCUCUUGUAAUAGGACACUUUCCCAGCAGCAUCAUAAGUGGAGGGCAGGAUCCAGAAUUCUUCAAUCUGUAGUUCAUCAGUCUGGUUGCAGGAAUAUCAUCUGGUGCCUAACAUACAGCAAAAUGAUGGCUACAGCCUGGUUUGCAUAAUCAAAAUCAUUGCUAACCUAAUGUUUUGUUGUUAUGCAAGGGUUGUUUACCCCUUGCUCAGCACAUGCCUCCCAGGUUCACACAACACAAGCUGCAGCUGGGUGUUGAACAUUCAGAAUGGCUGCAUGCAUACACUGAUAUGUACUACAACCCAUCAUGACUUAAAAUAUUGUGUGCUGCUCAGUCAUGCAAAUUGUCCUAGUAUAGCAACAAGCAGGACAUUUCUAUCCCAUCGGGAUGAGGGUGAGGAAAUAAGUGAGCAUUAUGAGUGUUAACAUGGCACUCUUUUAUACAGUAGGACCAGGAGGUUAAUGAGGUCUUCAGGUGCAUUACAUGGUUCCACUGACCCUUCUGGCUGGAGCACAUUUACUCUUUUGUGUGUUUUUUGUGGUAGUACAGAGUGGUAAUGUUGAGCAGGGUGUAUUCUACUUGUAGUCUAGAAAGGUCGAUGUCAGUAACAUGAUGAUAAAAAUUGUUGUUGGAAUAAAACAGUGAAGCAUUGUAUUGAGGGAAGUGUUCUUCAUGGUAGGUGGAUGUGUUAGUAAUCUAGCACAGGGAAUGUCUGGUGCUUGUUGCCUUAUAUACAAGGACUGGUCCAUCAGUUCAGAGCCUAGUGGGAAGGCAAAAGGGGUGAUAAGGGAACGUAGUGCUCUCUAUUUUAUCUUCGCAGUUUCUUUAGUUAGUAGUGGGCAUGCACUGAUCUUCAAUGUUUGUUUGAUGCAAAUAGGAAGCAUUAGUUGAUUACUGUGAUCCUACAGGGAUCCAAACAGUGUGCCUUAAUCCAUUGGCAUUCAUAAAUGAACUAAAAUGCACACAGAAUGAAUGUGAGCACUUCAUGGGGGGAAAAUACCACAAUCACUCAGCUGUAUAGAUCUCCAUCUAUGCAUCCACUAAUGUAUAAAUAUAAGGACAAGAAUGUAUUUUCUUUUAUUCGUGGUGUUCUUAGUUUUUCUCUUAGGGUGAAUACUUUUAUAUAGGAGAGACUCUCAUUGCUUCAAGUUUCUGAAUGUACUCUGUCUUUCAACAAGGAAAAGGACAAUUCUUUGUCUUAAUUGGAUUAGUGGGACAACCUGUCCUCCUGAUCUCUAUGUACAGAUGUAAAGGAUAGCUGCUAUUUAUAUUUCAUUUAUGUAAGCAGCUAAAAUUUGCAAUUCACAUCAGACUGCUGCAUAGAUUGAAAGGCCUUUUCCAAUUAUGGAAUUCCUCUAGCAUUUAGAGUUUGUUUUGGCUGUACUAAAAUCAUAAGUUAGUUCAAGAUCAGCAGCUGUUUGGGAUGUUGUCAGGGUUGGUUUAUUCACUGAUUAUCUGUUUACUGUUAUUGGCAAUUACAUUUUUCACAUCACCUUAUGAAACUCUCUGUUAAAAUGUAACUUAGUAAGUCUGUUUAAAUUAUGUUAGCACGAUAAAUCCAUACCAGUUGUAUAUAUACAUGUAAUAUUAUUGUUAGGAGUUGGUCAGGAGAAGGAAGUUGGCCCAGUCUACCCCUGCUCAGGAAAUUGAAUUAAUGGUGAGAAAACUCCAUUCCAGGAUGCAUUAUUAAUGAAGUGAUAUCAGAGCUUUGCAUGAUGAUUUGUUUCUAUUUCAGGAUUAUAUAGUGUCCUUGUAAAAGCAAGUUUAGAACCAAACCCCACCUCCUUGUAGGUGGAAUAUGUGACAUUAAAUCAAGCUUGUCAUUGGUGUUGCUCCAUAGUGGCAUAAAUGUUAGUGGACUUUAGAAGUGAUGAAACAUUUAUUUAGCAGAUUAGUUGGUCCAAGUUAGAAAUUCACAAUUAAAAGUGAAAACUUUUUAAAAUAUGUCAUAUAAAGUGCAUUUGGAACUAUCCCUUGACAUAAUCUCUUUCAUCCAAAAAAUAUAACUUUAAAAAUCAGUUCCAAAUGGGUCAAGCAUCUUGGUCAAAAAUAUCUUCAGAAUCCAAGGAUAACUACAUUUCUCUGAAAUGUGCAAUACUGUAAUAUUGAAAGCACACACAUGCAGGCACACGUCUUACCUUACAUUAGAUCUUUUAGUAAUUUUCCAUUUCAUAAUAGUCCAUAAUAUUUGCAGUGUUUCAUUCUGAAAGGUAGCACAAUGUAUGUGUGUUUUUUUUGUUUUUUGUUUUUGAAAAGCAGAUGCUAAAACAGUGUUGGCCAACAGCAAUGUUUAUAAAAUAAGCUAUUGGUUGGUUUGGUUAGAAAACAGCUGUAAGAAAACACUUCAGUUAUUUUACUGCACUGCUUGUUUUGAUCAUUGGGAUUAUCAACUGGCCAUGUUGGCUGGUGACCUUGGCUGCAUAAGGCUGGCAAUACAUUACAGGAGGAAAGAAACAAAAAUCACAAGCAUCAGUCUAUGCUAUUUUUAUAUGCUGAUGGUUAAAAUUUUAAUACUUCUCCUUACUCUCAGAAAUGACGAACAGCUUUGAGCCCUAUUGUUUGUUGUAUCAACAUUUAGAGGCUAGCUUUCUUAGCCCUGGUUCACAUAGCAUCAACCCAGAGUUUGGCCUGUUUUACACAUAACCUUGGGCAUGGUGUGCCAAUGAUUUGUGGGUUGUUACAUGAAAACUCUGCACUAUGAUUUAACUAAGGCUGUUAACCUUGAAGAACCCAGAGCUCAUAACAAACCAAGAGUUGUUUCCCAGGAUUCAAUGACAACCCACAAUUCAGUGAUAAGCUGUAUGCAGCCUAUACUCUGGAAUGUUAGUGAUAGUUAAUUUUAAAAAAAAAUCAUUAAUGAUUUUUCAUCACACUAUGUUCAAACAAACAUAACAGGUAAUCAGAGGAAUUCAGAGAACUUACUGGUAGCCAUAAAUUUUGGUAUUAUAUUAUUGUCCUCAAUUGGAGCCAGGUAUUUCUUCAAGAAUAUCUAACUAGAGGGAUCAGACGGUGUCGGUUAUAAAAUAAAACAAUUCCAUUUAAUUAUGAAAGAAACAAAAUUGUGAUGUUACCUGAUUAGUCAGUGUUUCUGUCAGUACCAGGGCAUUGGUAUUCCAUCAGAAUUUGUGCCAUCGCUUUACCAAGAGUGGCAUGGUUAACUUUCAGUUGGCUGUGACUUGCCUUCACCAGCAGCUACCAUCACAAAAAAAUAAAAACCCUCCUUCAAUGGAGAUUUAUUUUCUGCUCCGAACAGUGACAACAAACACAGUUUUGGAUAUUGACAUAUCUUUGUCCUUGCUGUCGCUUCACAUCCAUCAAAUGCUGUUUGCUGGAACCACCCUGCACUCCCAUUACAUAUGAAAACAUUUUCUAAUAUAUGAAUAGUUGCAAUAGCAUUUUCAGGUAAGACAUCUAUAUAUCCUACAUUAAAAGAUAGUGUCAGUUAUCAUCAAUAAAUUAUUUUCCUUAAUUUUUAGUUGAUAUUGCCAAAUUAAUUCCCAAUCUUUUUUUUCCUAUGGUUUCAUUAAAGUCCUUUUCCCAGCUUGCUUGGAAUCUGAUGAUGUAUGCAUUGAUCCAGAAAUCAGUAAUUUGUAAAUUAAGGAAGUAAGUACUUUUGUAUUUGAAGCUGGGGUGAUUGUGAUCUGUUCAAAGGUAGUAAGUGGUCUGACAGCUGAGGAGCAUACAGUAAGAAUGCAGUGGAAAUGAAUGAUUUGAUAUAUUUAAAACCAGGUGAAAGAUAUGGAUCCUGAUUGGUUACCAAUUCCUGUUUGGUGGUAACCCCAGUAUACAGAUCCCCUACUCUUGAUAAAUUACAAAUAUGCCAUUCCUUCUAUUGGCUGUAUUUAUUAAGACUGACAGGCAGCAGGAAGCACCAGAAAGGGGAUAAGGACAGUAAUUAAUAGCAUUAGCUUCUUAUAACACUUACGUGAGAUAUUUAUUGUAUGUUUUAGGAAUGGAUUUUGCAUCCAUUUUCUUAAUUUUAUGUCAUGAAUUAGGAAAUAAGCUGGAGUUCCUACUCCUGACCCAUUCCAUAAAUGUCCAGGAAGAAUCAUUGUGAUCAUUUAUUAUUUUUAGUUGUUUAAGUUGAUAGGCCUUAUUAUAAAGUUUUACAUUUGAUCUUCCCAUGCCCUGCUCUGGUAAGGACCUAUACAGGUUAGUUCAGCUGAUCCAUAUCCUUUUUGUUGUAUAUUUCAUGGAAAGCUAGUGCUGUGACAUCUUUUUCAAUAACUAUUUAUUUCAGUGGUGUUUCUAUAGUGCCAGAAUAAUUAGGAAUCCUUUCUGUAACCCCUGUCACCUUCAUUUAAAAUUCCUAUAUUCCUUGGGAAUUGUGGUAUUCCUUAUCUACAAAUACUCUGUUUUGGUAAGCUGACAUUACGAGAGGAGAAAGUACAGGGAAAACAUUAUGUCUAACUGCUGGGUACUGAGAAGGUCAAUGUUUUGAUUUGAAAGUAACCCUGUUCAGAGGGUUUCCUUGUCUGCCUGCAAUAUUUCCAUCCCUUACCUUGUACACUGAGGCUGUAGGUCUGAUGGAAGAUCUUUUGUGCCUUCAGUUGAGCACGCAGGAAUCCUACAGGCAGUUGGGAGCCCUAUGUAUGGGGUUCAUAGUCAUGUGGAAGGUUCUAAAUCUGUUCAGACCUUUGGCCUCAAUGUGUAAGUGCCAGGUGGCAUUGCAGAAGAAUAACAUGCCCAACUCUACAUGUUUGAGCAUGUAGAGGAAAGCUUCCGAAAGGGGCUAUUGACUCCCCAAAUUUUUGGAGCGUGAAGAGCUAUUUAGGGGCACUGUCAAAGGCUUGAGAGGACCCAGUGAGUCCUUCUUGCUCUUCCAUUUUGACAUCCUGCUCGCUUUUGGAACUUUACCUAGUGUCAUGUUGUUUGGCAUGGAAAUCUACUAUUCAAUAAGCACAGGUUCCACUGAGUGGGAGAAAGCAAUUUUAUGAUUUUUUUGGAUCCUAGCCUAGAUUUUGAAAUGCUUAAUCUGAAAAGAGAUAGUAAAGACCCCAGACCUAAAUAUAUGUGGAUGGAAUUGGAAAAUGCUUACUAUGUUUAUAAUCUGGGUUUAAAACUAUAUUAAUAAGGAAUUGCAUAAUUUGGCAAUAAUAUCUAGCUGCAUUUCCUGGCAUUCAGCAGUUGCAGUAAUUGAGCUUAUAAGCACAAGAAUUGUACAACUAAGUUCAUUGCUCCUUUAAAUGGAUCUUGGGGCAUUACAUUAAGGGAUUUAAAUAUCUAAGGAUUUUGAUGAGGUUUUUGAAUGUUUAGAAAAUGCUAGAUAUGACAAAACCCAUUGAGAAAAUUAACUAGAGCCAAAAAACUGGGUUCACAGUGCUGAUGUGAAGCUUUUUCAGUGUCCCUCCUUUGAAGCUCCAGAUACUUUUAACUUGAGUAGUACAUAUCUAUUAUAUCUAAGGUUCAAAAUCAGGAAGCCCAAGAAAGUGAAAUUGCACUUUAUUUUAUUAUGUUGCACCUGGAUGAUUGACAAAGGGUGCAUACACUGUACCAUACAGCUAAAUUGCAUGGUAAGUCCCCUGGAAAAGUGAGUCCCUGCAGUUCCCUCUUGAAAUCACCAGCAGGUUUAUAUGUUGAGUGUAAUUUUAGCUCUGAUUGUAAAACACAGACUGCCUGAUUUUACAGAACUAGGGUAUCACAUACAUCAAGGGAAGGCAGAAAACCCCUCUAGCAAUGCCAUUCACAAUCGAAACCAAGGAGAUCUGUGUGUAUGAAAAACCUCUUUCUAAGCCAAGAAAAGGAGGUCAGUGCUGUUAUUAUUAGUUUACAAUGGAAAGAUUCUUCUUCAAAGAAAGAAAUGUAAGAGCAGGGAGAACAAUCAUAUCAGAUUAGUUGUUCUCAAAUGUAUCAAGGAAUAACACAGGAAAUUAUUCUUUUAAAAAAGUAUUCAGAAAGUUACAAGGUGGAAAGGAAAUACAGGCUCCUUGCGGUAUUCCCUUACUUGUCUAGAUGAUAUUGCUGUGUAUUGUAAACCUGACUCAACCUUUAAGGUUAUGGGUGUUUUGAGUCAAGAAGGGCAAAAUCCUCCCUGUCUGGGUGGGUAUCUUGGUGCUGCUCUCAUGCGGGGUCUGGUGACUACUUGGUCUUAGAAGAACUGAACCCCAGGAUCAUUUUUACAGGAGAAAUCAUCCAAUGCUACCUGGAGCAGGCGUCUCACCAUAACACCCACCAGUAGGACUGGUGUCUCAUGCCUGUGCUUGUUUAAAAGCCAGAACAAGCUGCUGAAGUGUUGGUCUCUUUGAAUUCCUUCAGCAUCACGGUUAUGUGAAUGGACAAGAAGGAUUUUUUUUCCAGAAAGGAUGGUUGUUUUGACAGCUGUAGCAGUGCUAUUUUCCCAAUUAUAUUGCCUGCUUUCUUAUAUUUGUGUUUACUUUUUCCUUUUUCCCACAGGAUUAGGUAGGGUCACUGGGGUUUAUUGGCAAACCUGAUUAGAAAAAGUUUAGACAUUUCAUGUAGCGGAAUAGUUUACAGCUUUUCACAUACAUGUAUGUUGGUAUAGAUUUGGGGUUUAUUUUUCUUUACUUUUUUCUUUUUAGUUAGUGCCAAUAUAUGCACCAGCAAGUUUAAUAUCAGAUAAAGCACCUUGUAUUCUCUUUGUUGUUUAAAAAUAAUAUAUUUGUGAAACACAAUGAUAAUACAUAACACUGGAAAGGAUUGCAUCUUCCCCAAAAGUACAGGUGCUUUAAAAAAGGGAGGAAAGGAAGCUUGAAGUGGCUUUCCUGGCUUUUAAGAAGAGUUAAAAUGAUAGUUUAUGUAUACUUAUUAGUUGUCUGUCCUUUGUAAUUUUAACAGAUCUACAUUUUAUCUUUUAUUUAUUUGCCAAUUUUUAUAUUCACAUUUGAACUAAAGUUAACCUUAUUUCACUUUCUUAGCCUGUUACAAAAACGUAUCUUCUGUGUUCUUAGGAAGUUUGGCCUCUUUCUCUUUGACUGGACCAAUUACCAUUAACAGGUCUGCAGGGGUUUUUUUUUACUGUAUUCUUUCAAUAAAUGUACAAUAUUUGUA